UUGCCUUCGAACAGUCAUUCGUCAGGCGUAGAACAAAUCAGUCAGAGUAAGACGAUCCUCGUCGCCAACGUGUUUCCUCGCUUGCUGUGGUGUGUGCUGGAAAACGGUUUUUACUUGCGUUUAGUCAAAUUCAAUCUUUGUGGUGAGAUCGUUUGAUCCUUUCUUAGCAACACUACUCCAAGGUGUCUUUUUGCGCGUCGAGUGUGCAGUCGGAAGGAUAACAGGAAGUUUGCUCAAGAAGUGCACAGUUCGACGUUAACGGUAGAAUCCGUAAAUCGAAAAGAUGUCGAGGACCCUCGAGGAAUCCCCCAAUGCCCACAUCAACAAGACCCUGCUGGACAAGUACAUGAGCCUGCCAAUGCCGGAGGGCAAAAUCCAGGCCACCUAUAUCUGGAUCGACGGCACCGGUGAAAAUCUGCGCUGCAAGGACCGAACGCUUGAGUUCAUUCCCGAAAAACCCAGCGAUCUUCCCAUCUGGAACUACGAUGGAAGCUCAUGUUACCAAGCCGAGGGACACAACUCCGAUGUCUACCUGCAUCCAGUGGCGAUCUUCAAGGAUCCCAUGCGCCCGGGCAACAACAUCCUGGUCAUGUGUGAAACCUACCGGUUCGACGGAACUCCGACCCAGUCCAACAAGCGCCGUACGUGCCGCGAGGUGUGCGAUAAGGUAGCUGACCAGCAGCCUUGGUUCGGAAUCGAACAGGAAUACACGUUGCUCGACAUUGACGGCAGGCCUCUGGGAUGGCCCAAGAACGGAUUCCCCGGGCCACAGGGCCCAUACUACUGCGGUGUUGGUGCGAACAAGGUGUACGCUCGAGAUAUCGUAGAUGCCCACUACCGAGCCUGUCUUUAUGCCGGCAUCAAGAUCUGCGGUACCAACGCCGAAGUUAUGCCUGCCCAGUGGGAAUACCAGGUCGGACCGUGUGAGGGCAUCUCCAUUGGUGACGAGUUGUGGGUAUCCCGCUUCCUACUGCAUCGUAUUGCCGAGGAGUUUGGCAUCGUUGCCACACUGGAUCCGAAACCGAUGGUCGGCGACUGGAAUGGUGCCGGUGCACAUACCAACGUAUCAACGAAGACCAUGCGCGAGGAAGGUGGCAUUGUUGAGAUCGAAAGUGCCAUUGCCAAGCUGUCCAAGUGUCACGAGCGUCAUAUCCGAGCCUACGACCCUCGCGAGGGCAAGGAUAACGAGCGCCGCCUUACGGGAAAGCACGAAACCAGUUCAAUCUACGAUUUCAAUGCCGGCGUGGCCAAUCGUGGAGCCUCGGUGCGUAUUCCGCGUGGCGUCGCCGACGAAGGCAAGGGCUACUUCGAAGAUCGCCGGCCAAGCUCCAACUGUGAUCCAUACAGCGUCGUCGAAGCCAUCCUCAGAACGAUUUGCCUGGACGAGUAGGACUGUUUCCCGUCAAAUUGUGGUAUUUUAAAAAGGUCUAACAACACAAAUCCAUUCAACCUAAAAGAGAAACCGGUGCAUUCUAUUGUAACUAACGACAAUGUUUUCUGUUUUUAAAAUUAUAACAAUCUAUUUAUGUUUCUGUUACGUUACGAGAAAUCACUGAAAGAGAGCUAUUAUAUUAUAUUAAUAUUCCAUCUGGACAUAAGCACGACAACCAGAACCGAUAUUGGCAGGGAGGGCAUAGUGAAGCCUCUUGCAUAAAGUAGAUCAUCUAGUGAAGAUAAAAGUGUUUCUCGUAUAAUAAAUGUUAUUAAAGUAUUGAAAAAGUAA